AUGAAGGUUGCUAAAGCAGUACAUUUAAUUUGUCCGAGAGACGAUUUGUCCAUCGAUUUCGUCAAGAGGAUGCCUCAAGCCGAGCCCCUCGACCCGAGCUUAAUACUCGAUGAUUGGAUCAACCGCGUCCAGAAUCUUCCCGAGGAGAUUCGCUUCAUGCAGGACGAAAUAGCCGACAAAGACCGACAAUACAACGAAUGUGUCCGAAUGAUCGAGGACCGCGAUGCAAAGAUUCAGAAAUGGAUUAAAACCAACGGCAGUCAUGAACCGAACCCUAGGGAGGACUUGUUGCGCUCACAAAUCCGCGAAAACUAUGCCAAAGCCGAUGGUCUUGCUCAGGAGAAAAUUGACAUGGCCCGCAAGCUGCAAGUCACGAUGGACAAGCAUUUGCGCAGUCUCGAUAUUCAAAUAAAACUACUAUACGACCGUGCUGAGCCUGGUUUUACCGACCCCGAUGAGGUCCCAUCUCUACUACGCCCCAGCGCAGCCAACAUUGCGGCGCCUUCGAUCCGCACAAGCAACCCUUCGAGUAUGAUGGCUGGCCCGACUCUCACUCCUGUCAAUGCUAGCUCCAAUCCCGCAAUGGCUCGACUACCUACACAUCCGCACAUUCGUCAAGCUCAGGCACCGCAGCAACAGCAGCAACCGAAUCAAACGCACGCUGCUUCCGCGCCGGCAACUCCCGCUGCUAGUAUGAUAAUGAACAGGCAUAGAGAGGGCUCUGCAGGACCAGCCACCAAGCGUGGCCCCAGGACAGCUCUUGGAACAGGCACCGCUCCAACCACGUCGAGCGGCCUUGCGCGCCACUCAUCUCUAGGCCCCGGAACACCAAAAAGCAGCGCUGCGACUGGACCUAACGGGGCGGUCAGAGCUGGUAGUGCCGGUCCGAGAGCCACAACAACCAAGCUUGGAAAUGGGCCAGGCAGUCGACGAGGCACACCAACGGCGCCAAACCGUAAGAGGCCUCCACAUAAAUCGAAGCUAUCCCGCGUGAAGAAGGCUUCUGCUAGAAACUCACCGGCUUCGACGGCAGACAGCGACCUAUCAGAGGCUGAGAGUGGUAGUGGUGAUGAUGCCGCACGUCGCUCCAGAUCUGCGGCCGAUGAGAAGGAUGCUGACGGUGACGAAGCUCUCGGUGAUGCCGAUGAGGACGACGAGGAAGAGGAGGAAGGGGGCGACGACAAGAAGUACUGUUUAUGCCAUAAUGUAAGCUAUGGAGACAUGGUUGCGUGCGACAAUGACAACUGUCCGUACGAGUGGUUUCACUGGUCCUGUGUUGGACUCAAAAGCGAGCCGAAUGGUACUUGGUACUGCCCUGUAUGCUCCGAGAAGCUGCAAAAGAAAGCCAAAUGA